UUUAGGACUGAUAGAGGCCGUGGCGUUUUGCUCGCUUUUCACAAAAUACUCCCUGGGGGAGGGCAAGGAGGGAGAGGGGCGCGAGUCGCGGGCGAGGAGCGUUUCUGCCCCGCUCCCUGCCUUCCCUUCCUCCCUCCCUGGCUUCUCCCACCGAAACGGGCUGGGCAGGGGGAAGGGGUUAAUCGCGCUCGAGGCCGAGCAGCGGAGGGAGGACGGCAGGCAGUUUGAAAGACAGAGACUGGACAGCUGUGUUUGCUGUGGUAUUUUUAAACGCAUUAAUGCAGGCUCCAAUCACCCGGCCAUGCUUGACCUAUUUUUGGCUCAGGCCGGCCAUUGUUCUAUUUCUGCCGCCGCUGGGCCACGCGGGUGUCGAUUCAAAUGCAAAUGAGUUAUCGCUGCUGCUCCCGCCAACUUCGUCCAGCCGCCCGGCCGAGGGAGAGCCGGCCAGGGAGAGGAGAGGGGCGCGGGGACAGCAACACUGGUCCGGGCUGGGGUAAUUCAGGCUAAACCCUCGGGGCCUCCCGGUCCCUGGAAAGGUGGCUGCUUUGGUUUGAUGGUUUUUAAGAGGCUGUGUUUCCCCCCCCUCCCCGCCCUGCCAGAAAGCCCGAAGCGCAGAGAUAUUUCUUCAUUUCUUCUUCCACCUGCCGUUGGCUGCCCGAACGCAACUGCUCAAACUCGGCAGCGCACAGCCCCCUGCGCACUCACGGCUCCCUUCCAGCGGGCGGGGGCUGCCGAGCGUGGAUUUGGGGUUUUUUCCCUCUCCCGAUAGAUACUUGUGCAAAUCCUUAAACGUUGCUAAUUGCCGAAGCGUAUUAUCUUACAACCCUCGCUGGAGGAGAUGGGGUUUCUGGACGUGAACAGCUCUUGGCUCAGCAAAGAAUGCACAGUAUGAUCAGCUCAGUGGAUGUAAAGUCGGAGGUUCCCGUGGGAUUAGAGCCUAUCUCACCAUUAGACUUGCGAACUGAUCUCAGGAUGAUGGUUCCCAUGGUGGACCCAAUUAUGCGUGAAAAGCAGCUACAGCAGGAACUACUUCUGAUCCAGCAGCAGCAGCAAAUUCAGAAACAACUGCUGAUUGCAGAGUUUCAGAAGCAGCAUGAAAACCUGACCCGCCAGCAUCAGGCCCAGCUUCAGGAGCACAUAAAGUUACAACAGGAACUCCUAGCCAUUAAACAACAGCAAGAACUCCUUGAAAAAGAGCAGAAACUGGAGCAGCAGAGACAAGAGCAGGAACUGGAGAGGCAUCGCAGGGAACAACAGCUUCCUCCCCUCCGAGGCAAAGAAAGAGGCCGAGAAAGGGCCGUGGCCAGUACAGAAGUGAAGCAGAAACUUCAAGAGUUCCUGUUGAGUAAAUCGGCAACAAAAGACUCUCCAGCAAACGGGAAGAAUCAUUCCAUGAGCCGCCACCCCAAGCUCUGGUACACGGCUGCCCACCAUACCUCACUGGAUCAAAGCUCUCCACCCCUGAGUGGGGCCUCGCCACCAUACAAAUACACUUUACCAGGAGCGCAGGAUGCCAAGGAUGAUUUUCCACUUCGUAAAACGGCAUCAGAGCCUAAUUUGAAGGUACGUUCAAGGUUAAAACAAAAGGUUACAGAAAGGAGAAGCAGUCCUUUACUCAGGAGGAAGGAUGGAAACAUCAGUUCAUUCAAGAAGCGACUCUUUGAGGUGACAGAAUCCUCAGUCAGUAGCAGCUCCCCUGGAUCAGGUCCCAGUUCCCCAAGCAAUGGUCCGACCAGCAGUGUAACAGAAAAUGAAACCUCAGUUUUGCCAUCUAACAUUCAAGCUGAGCAUCUGGUUUCACAGCAACGCCUUUUGAUACAGGAUGAAUCAGUGAACUUGUUGAGUCUGUACACAUCCCCUUCUCUGCCCAACAUUACCUUGGGACUUCCAGCAGUACAACCUCAAAUCAGUGGAGUCAGGGAGUGCUCCAGGAAAAGUAAUAGCUUCCCACUACUACAGGCUUCAUCGUCAUUCAAAGAAAAGCAGAAGGGGGAGACCCAGUCGCUCAGACAAGGAGUGGCCUUGGCUGGACAGUACGGGGGGAACAUUCCUCCAUCCUCAACUCAUCCUCAUGUUGCUUUGGAGGGAAAGCCAAACAGCAGCCACCAAGCUCUCUUGCAGCAUCUGUUACUGAAAGAACAAAUGAGACAGCAAAAACUUCUUGUGACUGGAGCAGUUCCUCUUCAUCCACAGUCUCCUUUAGCAGCGAAGGAGAGAGUCUCACCUGGAAUAAGAGCUGCCCACAAACUGCCUCGUCACAGGCCACUGAAUCGAACCCAGUCAGCUCCUCUUCCUCAGAGUACUUUGGCCCAGCUGGUCAUCCAGCAGCAACAUCAACAAUUUUUGGAGAAGCAGAAACAGUACCAGCAGCAGAUCCACAUGAAUAAGAUGCUCUCUAAGUCCAUUGAGCAGCUCAAGCAGCCUGGCAGUCACCUGGAGGAAGCUGAAGAAGAGCUUCACGGAGAUCACUCGAUGCAGGAAGAGCGAGCUCCUGCCAGCGGUGCCAGCGUUAGGGCUGAGAGCAGCAGUGCUGGUGUGGAUGACAGAAUAGGACAGCAGGUGGGGGCUGUGAAAGUCAAAGAGGAGCCACCGGACAGUGACGAGGAUGUUCAAUCCCAGCAAAUGGAAUCUGGGGAGCAAGCUGCUUUUAUGCAACAGGAGUUCCUGGCACAUCAGCGUGUCCACCAAUUGCAAAUCUACCAGGCUCAGAUGGCUACAGUUGGCAUGGCAGGAUUAGAUAAACAUCGGCCAGUGUCCAGGACCCCGUCUUCCCCUGCUGAUUCCACAUUACCUCACCCAGACAUGGACCAGCCCAGCCAGCAUGUCUACACGACUGGUGUUGUGUAUGACAGUCUGAUGCUGAAGCACCAGUGUAUGUGUGGCAACUAUGCUAAUCACCCUGAACAUGCUGGAAGGAUCCAAAGCAUAUGGUCAAGGCUGCAAGAAACUGGGUUGCUAAACAAGUGCGAGCGAAUUCGAGGUCGAAAAGCCAGUCUGGAGGAAAUACAGCUGGUUCACUCUGAACAUCAUUCACUGCUGUAUGGCACCAGCCCCCUGAACAGACAGAAGCUGGACCCCAGGAAACUCCUAGGAAACGUGUCUCAAAAACUCUUUUCCCUGUUGCCUUGUGGGGGACUUGGGGUGGACAGUGACACCGUUUGGAACGAGCUGCACUCGGCCGGGGCGGCACGCAUGGCGGUGGGCUGUGUCAUCGAGCUGGCGGCCCGCGUGGCCUCCCGGGAGCUGAAGAAUGGCUUUGCUGUUGUAAGGCCCCCAGGCCAUCAUGCUGAAGAAUCAACAGCCAUGGGGUUCUGCUUUUUUAAUUCGAUUGCAAUUACUGCCAAAUACUUGAGAGACAAGCUAAAUAUAGGCAAGAUAUUGAUUGUAGAUCUGGAUGUUCACCAUGGCAACGGUACACAGCAGGCUUUUUACACUGACCCCAGCAUCCUGUAUGUUUCCCUCCAUCGCUAUGAUGAAGGCAACUUCUUCCCCGGCAGUGGAGCCCCAAAUGAGGUUGGAAGUGGCCCUGGUGAAGGGUAUAACAUAAAUAUUGCUUGGACAGGUGGCUUGGAUCCUCCUAUGGGCGAUGUUGAGUAUCUCACAGCAUUCAGGACUGUGAUUAUGCCAGCCGCCAAUGAGUUUGAUCCAGAGAUUGUGCUAGUGUCAGCAGGAUUCGAUGCCGUGGAAGGCCAUGACCCUCCGCUGGGCGGUUACAAAGUCACAGCUAAAUGUUUUGGUCACCUAACCAAGCAAUUGCUGAAGCUAGCGGAUGGCCGUGUUGUGCUGGCACUGGAGGGAGGACAUGACCUUACUGCCAUCUGUGAUGCAUCUGAAGCCUGUAUAAACGCCCUUUUAGGAAAUGAGCUGGAGCCUCUCCCAGAAGAUAUUGUGCACCAAAUCCCCAAUAUGAAUGCAAUAGCUUCUUUAAAAAAGACCACUGAAAUUCAAAGCAAGUACUGGAAGUCAGUGGAGCCAUACUCUGUGCCAGUGGAUUGUGCGCUGGCUGAGUCUCAGAAACGAGAGAGGGAGGAGACGGAAACGGUGUCUGCUAUGGCCUCUCUUUCAGUGGAUGUUGAGCAGUGCAUGCCUCAGGAAGGCAGCAGAGGACAUGCAGGUCUUCCAAAAGUGGCUGGAGAAGGUGGAAGCAUGCGGUCAGCACAACAGCAACAUACACCACCAGUGUGAAUUCCCCACACGGUGCAUGAUCCUUUAUCACACCUGAGGACGGCAGCAGCAGGCUGGCCUCCAUCCUACCCUGGUUGCCACUGUGCAAUCUCUGCUGCAAGCCAGAGCAAUGCAAGAGGGGAAAAAGAGGGAAUGCAAGAGGGCUUCACCUCGCCUCUCAGCAAUGAGGGAGCUGCAGUGGUUACUGUAUGUAGGAAACAUUCUCCACCAUGUGGUGAGGAACAAAAGAUUUAAGAUUUAUAGGUUAAUAAUCUUUUAGGGUCAAUAAUACUUUGGAAAGUGAUUAGUCUGAAAAACAUCUUCUUUUUCAUAUUUCAUUCAUCUGACAUGUUUUUCAACAUACUAGCUGUGAUCAUUCCAAAUCAUAAAGGAAUAACCUGCAUAAAAUCAUUUAUAGACACGCUGCUGAAUUUUUCAUUGGGAAAGACUUUAAUAAACUCCAGAUUCAUUUAAAUUUCUCUGGCUUCCUUGCUGAAUAAACUACCAAAGCCCAUGCAAGCCCCCAUUAAUUACUUUUUUUUUUUCCAUGGGACCUCAUGAGUUUGUACUUUCUGAGGGCUGUUUUACUGAAGCCAGUUAUUAUACUGGCUUACAAGAUUUAAAUGGUAAAUGUCUCAUUUAUUAAUUUGCAUUUACUUUUUGCUCUCCCCUCAUUUCAAAAUUGCUUGAAGUAACUAUUUUUAAGGUCUUAAGCUCAUUUGUCGUAUGGUAUUCUGCCAGACUGAGGUAAAAAAUGGUUUAUGUCCAAAUUCUUAUGCCCUUCAAUGGUGAGGUCUCACUGUGAUCUCAGAAGCUUGCCAUCUUAUAAUUGCCAGCAUAAUCCUGAAGUGCGGUAGCUUGUCAGAUACAAGGAAUUAUGGCACUUUAUACCAGCCCAGCAUAUGUCCCAGCUGUUUUUUUACUGGAUGUUUUAAGGAGCUCAUCGUGUCUAAGCUGAAUAUUUCCCAGAGGCUUUCAAAUAAAAAAUAUACAUAUAAUCUGAUUUGAUGUUAUUAAUAGAUACCUUCUCUAUGACAGUGAUCUGCUGAUCGAGUUCAGAAUUUUGUCUCAGAAGUUGCAGGCAGGCAGGCAGGCAAUGCAUUUGUGAAAGCACAGAAUCAAAAAUCAGAGGACUGAAGAACCCCAGAAGAAACACUGCUAACUACUUGGCUACUAGUGAACUAUUCUGCUUUAAUGGUAUGGGCCUACUUGAAAAAAUAAAUGCAUGUAUUUUUAGUUGCAAAAGCUUGUAAAAUGAAAGUAUCACAGCUAUUUUUUUCAUGAAAUUAUUUGCCUCUGUUGACACAAAGCAUGUACAUUUCUGGACAAAAAGUUAUAAAAUAUUCUGACAUAUUUUAAUAUAAACAGGAACAUUUUCAGUGAUUGCUUGGAUCUAAAAUGUUUUUCCACUUGACAUUUGUUUAUACUUCCUAGGAAAGAAACUCUAUUUAUGGAUAAAUGAAUAACACAAAUAAACAUCAGAGAGAGCUGAAAAAUCAGCUUUGAUUAUGCAUGAAAAUCUACAAUGUCAUUGUGUACUCUUGUGCCGUAUUCUGAUUGCCUGUUUAUUUUUACAGAGCUGCUGGCGAGCCCAUGGAAGAAGAGCCAGCCUUGUGAAGUGCCAAGUCCUCCCUGAUAUUUCCUGUGGGUGACAUCAUUGUGUAUCCCCCCAAAGCACCCUCAGACAUGUCUUGUCUGCUGCUUGGGUGGCACAGAUCAGAUGGAACAUAAACACUGGGCACAAAACUCUGAAUAGCAGCUUCACUUGUUCUUUGGAUGGACUUGAAAGGGCCCUAAAGAUUCCUUAAAUGUAACCGCUACAAUUCUAGAGUUACAGUAAAACAGGCUCGGAAGAAAGAGCCUAGAGCAUGCUUUUUAUAUGCUGUUUGACCCACUCACCAACAUAAAUUGUGAAAUAGAGUAUUACAAAAUUCUACAUGAUAGAUUAUAGAUAUGAGAAUUGCAACAGCCAGCAAAAUACUCGGUAAACUCCAUGAAUCACUUUCUGACAAUUUUUACUGGGUAAUUUUUUUCAUACUGCGUUAAAUUGUUAAUAGAAUUUGUUUUCCUUGCUCUGUGUAAUGAAAAAAAGAAAAAAAAACCAACACCUUUAUUUCACAUGCCAUUUUUUAACGCCCUGUAAUGAGUUCUUAGCUGAAUAAGUGAAAGGUGUGUAAAUUACAAUGAGGGAUUUUAGCUAAAGGGAAAGCACUUCUUAUUAUACUAUAAACCUCCCAAAGUACUGUGCUUGGUGGUGCUUUAUUUUCUUUUCCUUUUUCCCGGCCAUCCCUCCCCAUUUCACAUAAUCUUUUCUAUCAUAAAAACACAUUCACGAUUCUCUAAAAUGAGCGAUCUUCUGCCUUUAAAAAAAAGUGCUGUACCCUCCGUAGUUGACAGUAGCUCUCACCAUAUGUGCAGCAGAGAUCAAGUAGUCUCUGAAAAAUGGAUGGCUUUUCAAAUGUGUUUUUAGUUUGUUCUGAAAUGUUCCUGCGUCCUGACUGUAAGAACAGUGAUCUUCAGUAACUGCGUGCAGCAAAUUUGAAGCUCAGGUGUUUCUGUGGAGGUCGUGUUGGGGUGUUUUUUACAGGUCGUCAUGUGAAUACAGACUGAUUCUUUUAUGUAGUCCUGCACCAAGAGAACUGAUGUUGCUUAAGAAGCUUCAAAGGGUUUAGGCUUUAUUUUAGAUCCCCAAAGUGCAGCAAGAUCUCCCCGCAAUGUGACUUUAGCUGUUUAAUUCCAUGUUUGAGAACGUAACAUAGAGUUGUGCCUUUAGCUGAUAACGAAUGCUUAAACUGUUACACGUGUUGCCUUACCAUCAGAGAAAGAGAUAGGGCAUGUAUGUAAGACUACUUCAAAUGAACAAAACUCUCCUACAGCAACUUUUAUUUUGUUUACAACUUUCUCACCUAAUGAACCCUGGGAGAUACCUUGAAGUAUUCAACUUGGAGUAUUUGAUAGCUCGCUCAGCUUUUAAAAGCAAGUGAUGUUCAUUUUUAUAUAUUUUCCAAACUCAAAAGAUAUAUUAAAUCCAUAAGUGAAGACUGUCAUGCUUUUUAUUCUGAAAUCUGAAAGGAACCUUAAUUAAAACAAGAUUUUGGGGAAGGCCAUGAUAUGAAAGAUAUGGAACAAUAUGGUUUCAGUUAUAAGCAGACUCAAACCUGUAAAUCAAAGAUGAAAGAUUUCACUCAAAUAGAAUUAUAUAAUUCUCUUUUGUUAUGCAGUCAGACUAUAUCUUUCAUGCAUUUGGGUUUGUUUAUGAUUAGCAUUUUAAUUUUAAAGACUUUUAUUACUUAUACAAAAGCUCUCUGCUACAAGUUAGAAAUCUGAGGCAUGCUUUGAAAAGGGAAAUCUAAAAAAGGAAUGUCAUUUCCUAUAAUGUGAAGUAAACUUUUAUUCUGAAAGGCUUACUCUAAAAUGGAUGCAUGCCCCUCAGAAAGUGAAAUAAAAUUCUACCCCCCAUUUACAAGCCAAAAUCAUGCUCAUUUUAGUAAUGCAAAGAGUCCCAGCAGGCUAAAUUAACUCCUGGUGUAAGCCACCUUGCCUGACUUUGGGCUGUUCUGAAGGGGUUGUUCACAUGACUAAAGCAAUCAGGAGUUCAUCCUGCAUUUUCAGCAGACUUGUGAUGGCAAUCUUACUUGCCAUUUACUGCAAUUUUCUUGUGGUCAUCAAAGAAAUUUCCCUUCAAGGAAACCAAGUACCAUAGCUGAUGAGUUGGGUAAUUUGUAGAGCUUUUCACAUUUUGAAAUAAUGGCUGCAAAUUUUUAAUUGACUGCAUAGUAAGAUCAUUUUAAAAUCAACCCCACAAAUGCACAAUCAUCUGCUGGUGUCCUUAGCUUGCAUGAAAUUGAAUAUGAAUUGCAGCCUGAAAUGUGAGUUACAAACUUUACCAAUUAAAGUCUGUAUUCUGGGGUGGAAAUCAGCUAAAGCUGUCCUUUGUAGCUGGAAAUGCUUUUAAAAUGUCAGAAUAAUUUGAAUUAAACCACAUUAUAAAUUCACACUUACACAUUUGAACAGGCAUACUCCCAAACAGACAUCUAGACACGCCAUUGGUUAAAGUUAGGAUGAUUUGGAUAAGCAAAUGUGCAAAUAAACUGCACACAGAUUGUGUCCAGAGCUCUGUUCUCACUGAAGUCAAUAGCAAAAUCCUCUUUGAUUUCAAUGGGAGAUGGAUCAAGUCGUGCUUUUUUUUUUUUCCUUUAAGUCCAGAACACCAUUACUUUUUGAUUAUGUCAUUACAAGGCACCGUACAGCCCUCUGGGAAAUGAUUGAGGCUUAUGGUGAAUAUCAACACUUCCUUCAAAGCAGACCUGGGCUCUCUGAGAGGGCAGUUUCACUUGCUGCUGUUUUCUUCUCACAGUAUUUUUUAUUACCAUCAAUAGCUCCCCAUGGAUUGCAGUUAAAAUAUCUCCCAGCAAUUUUAGACAUACUUCGAGGGAAAUAUUCACAUAGACACUCUUAAAAAUGCCCAGUUUUAGCUGGAUUCAACAACAAAUUCCAAGAAUUUCAGAAAGAUGCACGAAUUGCAUGUCUCCCUUUCUAAUGUCCAAAUUCAGAGGAUUAGGAGCUGUUUUUGAAGAGAUAUCACAGUCUCAUGUCUCCCACGGACCUCAGCUUAGGCUAGGGAGAUUGACACCUCGGAAAAUUAAGUCCCAGAUAUUUCAAGCUGGCUGCCAAAAUAUCUACAUCUGAGCUUAGGUUACUUCUAACAAUGAGCUGAAAUGCUUAAAUAAGAUGGGGUAAAUGGUGGCUUCUGUGUGUGAUUCCACGGAGAAGGUGAAGCUAAGGGGGUGGUGGAGAGCCUUUGGAGCCAGGGUGACCCUCCACCUGGUGCUGGUGGCACGGGGGCUGCAGGCAGGCGGGAGAACGUCCUGCAGCACGGCCACCCCAGGCUGCCACCGCCAUUAGCAGCAAAUCUUUGCCUCACAAGGGAAGUGUGUAGGAACUUGCACUCUGCCUCUGGAUCAAGGUGUCCUUAAGCCACCAACCUGCAGAAUGAGAGAUGCCUCAGCAGCAAGUACCACUAACAUGCUUGCUCCAGUUCAUAUUCUUCCCUAGUGUUAAGGACUAAAUAUUAAGCUCAGUAGGGCUUUUGUUCUAGUCUUAGUUCAUAAAAUACUUUUCUUGUAUUCUUAGGUCCUUAAAUUCAUAGUAGAAACUGAAAAUUAAAAAGACAUAUAACUCAGGAUGUCAAGAAAAUAAUUAUUUUUAUCCAGCUUAAUGCUUUUACCUCAGCUGGAGUGGGAGCAAUGAUGAAGGGUAAAUCUCAGAACUGCUAAAACUUAAGACUGUCUUGCACUUCAUUUUUAGACUCUGUGUGAAGGAAUUCUAUAUGUGCUCAUUUGGCUUCAAUAUAAUCUGCAGCAAUUAAGUGCUUGAUUAUAUGAUACUUUUUCAGGCAAAAUUCCUAGCGAGCAAUCAAAGUUCAUGGGAAUUUUGCCAGUGUAAAGAUGACAGAAUUAGUCCCUUUUUUAAUUAUGUACCUUCCUAAUUUUACUUUCAGUGAAAAUGAAGUAACUAACUCCAGGCAAGUGAAUCUGAGGAAAAUAAAAUCAUUAAGCUAUCUUAAAUAAAGAUCAUAAAAGAAAAAGAAAAUAUAAACAGCUGUUAUGCAAACAAAGAUGGCUAUUUCUUUACUUUGCAAAAAAGUCAACAACUUGCUGCCAGCUGAAUGGAAGUGGCAAAAUGAAUCCCUCUCUAGAGUAUGUGGUAUUUGAGUUGGUGUUUUAUCUAAGUGCAGCCUCCCUAAAAAGCCGAGAGUCAUAACCGGAGAUGAAAUAUUAGAAAGGUUUUGCUGCAGCCAACACCAGAGGUCCUGUAGAGAACAAGAAUGUAGAGACUGACUAAUUUGUGUAGACAGGCAGCAGGACACUUUUGGGGCAAUGUGUCUGGGACGAAGAAUUAGAGGGAACUUUUCCAAAGGCACUGAUGGCUGUGAGGCAACUAACUUCUGGUAGCUUGCAGGGGCAAGGAGGUGCUCAGCGAGCAUUUGUUCUUUGGGAAGUGCCCCCUCUGUCCCACAAGCAUGCCCACAUGCAUGCAGACAUGAACCUCGCUGUACAAUUUUUUGUCCUAAGCAGCAGCAGCCAGGUGUGCUGCCCUGACCUGUAUGCUGUGCAUUUGCCUGAGAAGCUAUCAGCCCGCAGCAGACACUUCAUAACAUGACUGAUAGGGGAGAUUUUUGUAAGGUUUUUUUCUUCCAAUAGUGGCCUUUCCAGAAGUGUAGCAGUGCACGGUUGUUUUAUUUUAAAAGGUCACAGUAGAGCUUUGUGAACCGUUGUUGUUGUUGGGUUUUUUUUUUACAGUCUCCAUAUGGAAGUAAAACAGAAUAUGUACAUGGGGGGAAACCUGCUGGGAAAGAAUUUCUCUUAAAUCAAGCUUCUGCUACCCGCUUUUCAUCCUGGAUUUGGAGGAGUUUGGGUUCUUUAAUUAUCAUUUAAGCUUUCACUUUGUCAUGUCACUUGCUUUGGUUUUUUUACCUAUAAUUGAAUUCACCCUCGUAGCACAUAGAAAACUACCAAAAAAAGUCUGUCUUUUCUGACAGAUGCCCCUGCCCUUGGUGUGGGAAUGAGAAGAGCUUAUCUUUGUCACUUCUAGCAGCAAUUAAAUGCUUCAUUUUUGUGACAGAUCCAAACUGGAGUGGUAUUUUAUGAGUACGAUUUAGCUGGCUGUCUGCUGAUUGUUAAAAAAAGAAAUUGUGAAACUUGCAUUCCUCUCUAACCUCAAAAGGGACCCAUUUUGAUUUUAACAAUGUAAUAUUUUCACUUGAUCCAAAAGGUUUUUGUCCCAUGACAUCUUGUUACUAGCUCAGUUCUAGUCUCUAGCAAAUAACACACCCACAGAGGGCGAAGACCAAAAAGGACAUUCCAGCAACUAUUAAUUAUAUCUCUUCUGCACAAUCCUUCACCCUGCUCUAGUGCCAUGCUCUGUGGUUCAGCAUAUUAGAAUAGUUUAUAGCAAAAUAUAAAUUGUUCUGCACCAUCAAAGAUACUACUAUUCGGAUGUUAAUUAGCACACUGUGAGUUGGGCUGUAAUUUAUAAGGCAGGCAUGCUCCUGCAUGGAUGGUCUAAAGGCAAGGGACGCAUGAAAACCAGUGGCACUGGUAAUGACAAUCACUGAGAGUGAUUCUGUGCUAAGAUCUCCACACAUUAUCCCCUUCCUGAUGGUACUCCUGCCUGGCCAAAGGUAUAUUUGCAAUAGCAGAGCUGUAGGGUGCCCUGAUUGAAAGACCACUGAAAUCUCUUCUCUAACAGGCUUUGGGUAAGAUCUGGGAGGCAGCUAGAGAAGAAGCCUUAACUUUGCGCUCAGCCCCACACAAACUGUAAAAAAAGUGCAGAUACAGAUCUGAACUUGGCCACACAUCCCUGUUUCUGAUAUGAAGUGCCAGUUCUGCUUCCAGAAAAGUCUGUCUGAAAGAGCAUUGACAGUAGUGGAUAUAUCCUAUUAGCUUCAGGAGGGUGUAUACAUCAUGUGUUAUAAGAACAGGUUCAUACUCAUGUCUCUUGCUGCUUAGUUUACUGCUAUUUAAAAUUUCUUGAUUGGCUUAAUAUUCCAAGUUAGGAUGCAGUAGGAAAGCAUAAAGCAAUACCUGGUGAAGUCAUAACUAAAGCUUUCAAAGCAAACUUAUUGCCGUGGGUUUUUACAACACUGACUUUUUGGUCUAGGGAUGCAUAGCUGAAAUGUCUAUUUUUUUCUUGGGAAAUUGAUGUUGCUAUCUGUUUCUAUGAUAAAAACCAGUCCUUUUGCUCAGAGCACUAAAAGUUUAUCUGUAAUUUCUUUCCAGGCAGAUCAGAUUCUAAGGGAUAAAGCAUCAGUGGGACUGACCCAAAGGGCAACAUUUUUAAAGGUCAAUAGUAAUAUUUCCAUAAGAGUAAGAGGAACCAUUGUUAUUAUUCCUGAUACAUUUUUGUAUCUGAAAGCAUCCAAUGAGUAAUGUUAAGUACUAUUGUGCUCCAAAACUUUGUUGAUUAUAGAUAUAUGAGCAUAAGAUUGGCGUGAAAUAGCCUUCAACCAAGUUGUUAAAAUCCCUUUUGUUUUGUGUUUUGUAUAAUUCUUUGGCUAUAGUCUUGUCCUAGUGUUAAUAAAAGCUAUUUGAAGUAA